CAUAAAUACACCCAUCUCCCUCCAUACCGUCCUCCUCAUACUCUGUAACCUUGUAGAAUCUUCAAAGCGCGUCUCCCAUCUGGGUUCUUAAUUUCUGAAUCAGAAUCCAGUGCAAGGGCAUUUUCCUGGGAAAAGUUAUAAGAAAGGUCAAGUUCAUCAAGAGUUUUAGUGAUGGGCAAUUGCAUGGAGAGAUCCAGCGAGACUGAUCGGUGGCAAGCAGAAGAAAAGGAAGAGGUGAAGCAGCAUCAGGUAGAGAAAGAUGAAGGAAAGAAGCGAGUGAGGGUUAAAGUCGUGCUGACGAAAGAGGAGCUACAAUGGCUGAUACUUCAACUCAACCAGAAGCAAGGGAUGGGACUGGACCAAGUUCUGGAAGAGAUAAAGAGAAGCAGAGACAAACUAGUCCAACCAUGGAAGCCUUCUUUAGAGAGCAUCCUCGAAAUUCCUGAAGUGCCGCCUCAGAUGGACAGAUGAUUCUCUGUCUCUCUGGUUUUUCUUCUCUUUGCAGCCUGUAAUUCUAGGUUUUUGUAAUAACUGAUGUAAGAAGUGAUAAUGACCACAUUUGUAAAUCUCACUUGAAGAUGACGAUCUUGUGCCUAGAGUACUACAA